UACAUGAGAUACAUGAAGGUGACCCUCAAAUACAAUCCCUAAGGGAGCUUGUACAAAAAUCAAGGGGAAAAACAAAAAUUUUGCAAUCAAGAAUCACCCCUUCUCAAGAUAAGGAAGGACAGAGCUCUCAACACCAACUAAUGGAAGAUAAGUAUGAAACCCUAGGAAAAUCAAGAAAGCACAGACUUUAA